CAUAUUUGUUUCUUGUCAGUAACGAAGGGCGUCGCAACCUCCUAAGAGAAAACAAAUACUAGCAAUUCACGGUCACAUAGAUAUAGUGCUGUGAACUCUCUCUCUCUCUCUCUCGCCCCCCCUCUCUCAUCACUCUCAUAUCUAUUUGCUUGUGCAUGCUUGAUCAAGAUCAUGGGGACCGAGGAAAAUAGCAAGAAAAGCAGAGAUCAUGUUGGGUCCAUACGCUCGAUUUUCAUGCAUGCAGACCGUGUAGAUUGGUUGUUGAUGGUUCUUGGGUUCAUUGGGUCCAUUGGUGACGGGUUCUCAACGCCUCUUGUGCUGUUCGUGACUAGCAAAUUGAUGAAUAAUCUUGGUGGAGCAUCUUCUUCUGCUGAAGCCUUCACUCAUAGCAUUAACAAGAACGCGCUGGCGCUUUGUUACCUGGCCUGUGGACAAUGGGUUGUUUCUUUCCUCGAGGGAUAUUGUUGGACAAGAACUGGUGAGAGACAAGCCACGAGAAUGAGAGCAAGAUACUUGAAAGCCGUGCUAAGACAAGAUGUUGGUUACUUUGAUUUGCAUGUAACAAGUACAGCCGAAGUCAUCACAAGUGUCUCCAACGAUAGCCUUGUAAUUCAGGAUGUUCUUAGUGAAAAGGUGCCAAACUUUUUGAUGAACGUUGCAAUGUUUUUUGGGUGCUACAUAAUCGGAUUCGUUUUGCUAUGGAGACUAGCAAUCGUGGGACUUCCUUUUGUUGUGAUUUUAGUAAUUCCUGGUCUAGUGUAUGGACGGACUUUGAUGGGAAUAGCUAGAAAGACAAGAGAAGAGUAUAACAAGUCGGGCACAAUAGCAGAGCAGGCAAUAUCUUCAAUUAGGACUGUCUUUGCCUUUGUUAGUGAGGCCAAAACCAUAGCUGCAUACUCUGCAGCUUUAGAAUUUUCAGUUAAAUUGGGGUUAAGACAGGGGCUGGCCAAGGGCUUGGCUAUCGGCAGCAAUGGUGUUGUUUUCGGUAUUUGGUCUUUUAUGUCUUAUUAUGGCAGCAGAAUGGUCAUGUACCAUGGCUCUGCGGGAGGAACUGUUUUUGCUGUCGGUGCCGCCAUAGCUGUGGGUGGCUUGGCUCUUGGUGCUGGUUUAUCAAAUGUGAAGUACUUCUCGGAAGCAUCUUCAGCUGGAGAACGUAUCGUGGAGAUGAUAAAUAGAGUCCCAAAAAUAGAUCUAGAGAACAUGGAAGGUGAGACUUUGGAAAAUGUUACAGGCGAAGUAGAAUUCAGGCAUGUGGAAUUUGCAUAUCCAUCAAGGCCAGAAAGCAUGAUCUUCAAGGACUUUUGCCUAAGAAUCCCAGCAGGGAAGACGGUGGCCUUGGUGGGAGGUAGUGGGUCGGGGAAAUCAACAGUGAUUGCACUGCUGCAGAGAUUUUACGACCCACUAGGCGGUGAGAUACUCGUUGAUGGCAUCGCUGUUGACAAGUUGCAACUCAAGUGGUUAAGGUCACAAAUGGGUUUGGUGAGCCAGGAGCCUGCUCUCUUCGCCACAACUAUCAAGGAGAACAUCCUUUUUGGGAAGGAAGACGCCACCAUAAAUGAGGUUGUUGAGGCGGCAAAAGCCUCUAACGCCCAUAACUUCAUAAGUCAUUUGCCACAGGAGUAUGAUACCCAGGUUGGUGAGAGAGGGGUUCAAAUGUCAGGAGGACAGAAGCAAAGAAUUGCGAUUGCAAGAGCAAUAAUCAAAGCACCAAGAAUCCUCCUCCUGGAUGAGGCAACAAGUGCUUUGGACUCUGAAUCGGAACGUGUUGUCCAAGAAGCUCUAGAUAAGGCUGCCGUGGGUCGAACCACAAUCAUCAUCGCUCACCGUCUCUCCACUAUCCGCAAUGCCGAUGUGAUUGCCGUGGUCCAAGAUGGUCAGAUCUUGGAAAGCGGUUCUCAUGGCGAACUGAUCGAAAAUGAAAACGGUCUCUACACAUCUCUAGUCCUUCUUCAGCAAACAGAAAAGGAAAAAACUAAUGAAGAUGCCAGUACUGAUAUUUCAUCCCCAUCUCUUGUUUCAAACAUGGACGUGAAUAAUGCUAGCAGUCGUAGACUGUCAAUUGUUAGCAGGUCAAGCUCUCAAAACUCAGUAACACCAAGUCGAGCCUCACUUACUGCGGGAGAGAAUGCCCUAGUUGAGGAACAACAACUUCCAGUACCGUCAUUCAGAAGGUUGCUAGCUUUGAAUCUACCAGAAUGGAAACAAGCUAGCAUUGGGUGUUUAGGUGCCAUUAUAUUUGGUGGUGUUCAACCCUUAUAUGCAUUUACAAUGGGGUCAAUGAUAUCCAUAUAUUUUCUGGCAGAUCAUAAUGAGAUCAAGGAGAAGAUAAGGAUUUAUUCGCUGUGUUUUCUGGGCUUGGCGUUUUUGUCGCUGAUAGUUAAUGUACUUCAGCAUUAUAAUUUUGCAUAUAUGGGCGAGCAUUUAACGAAGAGGAUUAGAGAGAGGAUGCUUUCAAAGAUACUCACCUUUGAAGUUGGAUGGUUUGAUCAAGACAAGAAUUCAAGUGGGGCAAUUUGCUCGAGACUUGCCACAGAUGCUAAUGUGGUGAGAUCUCUAGUGGGAGACCGGAUGGCUCUUAUUGUACAGACAAUCUCUGCCGUGACCAUAGCCUGCACCAUGGGCCUUAUCAUUGCCUGGAGGCUAGCGGUUGUGAUGAUUGCAGUCCAACCCAUUAUUAUAGUCUGCUUUUAUGUCCGGCGAGUUCUACUGACAAGCAUGUCUCAGAAGGCCAUCAAAGCACAAGAUGAAAGUACCAAGCUUGCUGCAGACGCAGUUUCCAACCUUCGAACCAUCACCGCCUUCUCCUCUCAAGAUCGGAUCCUGAAGAUGCUCGGAAAAGCCCAAGAAGGUCCACGAAAAGAGAACAUUAGACAGUCGUGGUAUGCUGGUAUUGGGCUCGGCACUUCUCAAAGCCUGAUGUCGUGCACUUGGGCGCUAGAUUUUUGGUAUGGUGGCAGACUCAUCUCUCAAGGUUACAUCACAGCGAAAGCCCUGUUCGAGACCUUCAUGAUCCUCGUAAGCACUGGUCGAGUAAUAGCCGAUGCAGGAAGCAUGACGACGGAUCUGGCCAAGGGGUCAGAUUCCAUCCGGUCAGUCUUCGCCGUGCUGGAUCGUUACACGAGAAUCGAACCAGAGGACCCUGAAGGUUACCAGCCCGGAGAAAUAAAAGGGCAUGUAGAGCUUUGUGACGUUGAUUUCGCAUACCCAGCCAGGCCCGAUGUCAGGAUUUUCAAAGGCUUCUCAAUCAGCAUUGAGGCAGGGAAAUCAACCGCAUUGGUUGGACAAAGUGGGUCGGGAAAAUCAACUAUCAUUGGAUUAAUUGAACGUUUUUAUGAUCCACUAAGGGGCACAGUAAAAAUAGACGGCCGGGACAUUCGGUCAUAUCACCUGAGGUCACUGAGGAAGUACAUUGCUCUUGUUAGUCAAGAACCCACGUUAUUUGCCGGCACGGUCAAGGAAAACAUCAUAUACGGCGCAGCCAAUGAAGUGAGUGAAUCAGAGGUAAUGGAGGCAGCUAAAGCAGCAAAUGCUCACGAUUUCAUCGCUGGAUUAAAAGAUGGAUAUGACACCUGGUGUGGAGACAAGGGAGUGCAGCUGUCUGGGGGCCAAAAACAACGUAUUGCAAUUGCCCGUGCCAUACUGAAAAAUCCAGUGGUUUUGCUGUUAGAUGAGGCAACCAGCGCGCUUGACAGCCAGUCGGAGAAGGUUGUUCAAGAUGCCCUGGAGCGUGUGAUGGUGGGGAGGACAAGCGUAGUUGUGGCGCAUAGGUUAAGUACCAUUCAGAAUUGUGAUCUCAUCGCAGUCCUGGAUAAAGGGAAGGUGGUGGAGAAAGGGACUCACUCAUCUCUGUUCUCGAAGAGACCCACCGGGAUUUACUACUCGUUUGUACGUCUCCAGGCCCAGAGGACAACACAAAACAGUGCCACCGCCACGACCGCCGCAUUCAGUUAAUUAUUGAACAUGGUUAUCAGGGUGAAAAUUGAGCCUGGGGUUAUUCCUUUCUCUUUUUCUUUUAAUCUGAUUGUCAUCGAAAUUAAUGUGCUGAAAGGACUCUUUAACAUUUUGAAUGCCAAAUUAAUCUUCUUCUUUUCUCUGUUA